GGCCACGUCAGAGGCCGGCGCAGACGCAAGUUCCAGUCGGCACCGGAGCUGCGGGCUGGGGACUGUGUGGUUGCAGGGGCCGCGGCGGGCGAGCCGCCAUGGAGGAUCCUGUCCAACAUGGAGUGGCUUCCCCAGCCACGCCGGGAGCCGGGAAAUCGAAGCUGGAAACAUUGCCCAAGGAAGAUCUUAUCAAGUUUGCCAAGAAACAAAUGAUGCUAAUACAGAAAGCUAAUUCAAGAUGCACAGAAUUAGAGAAAGAAAUUGAAGAACUCAAAUCAAAACCUGGUGCUGGAGGAACUGAUGAAGUUAUUAAGGCAUUGUCUGAACAUCUGGAUGCUGUUCUUCUGGAAAAAGCAGAGACUGAGCAACAGUGUUUUUCUCUGAAGAAGGAAAAUAUUAAAAUGAAGCAACAGGUUGAGGAUUCUGAAAAUAAGAUGGAAGAUAUCCACAAGGAGUUUGAACAGUCACAAAGGAACUGUAUGAAGCAAAUGGAAAAUUUGAAAAAUGAAUUAAUGGCAGUACAUUGUAAACACAGUGAAGAUAAAGCUAGAUUGCUAAAGGAAUUGGAAGAAGAAAAAAAAAAACAAUUAGAGUUUUCAGAACAACUUAAAUUUCAGAGUGACUCUGAAGAUAAUGUUAAAAACCUGCAAGAAGAGAUUCAGAAAAUUAGGGCAGCCUUUGAGGAGCAAAUUUUAUAUCUGAAAAAUCAAUUAGAAGCUGCCACAAAUGAAAAGGAGCAAGAAAUUACUCAUCUUCAAAAAGUCAUUGAGGCUAAUUCUCAGCAUUACCAAAAAGAUAUUGAUAGUUUGCAAGAAAAACUUAUGCAGUUGAAAGCUACACAUCAAGAAGAAGUGAAAGAAUUGAUGUGUCAAAAUGCAGCAUCUGCUAAAGAACAAGAAGCAGAAGCCAAUAAUUUUAAUCAGCUAAAAGAGAACUUAGUCAAACAAUGGGAGGCAAGUGAGGAGGACAUUCAGGAAAAAUAUGAAUUAGAAAACUUAGGGAAAGCCUCAAAUGCAAACCAAGAAAAUCAGAUGUCUUCUUUGCUCUUACAAGAUACUUUUGUAGACCAAAUAGUAAAUGAAAAAGUCAAACACUUAGAAGAUACCUUAAAAGAACUAGAGUCUCAACAUAAUAUCUUAAAAGAUGAGGUAAUUUAUAUGAAUAAUCUUAAAUUAAAACUUGAAAUUGAUGCCCAACAUAUAAAGGAUGAAUUUUUUCAUGAGCGGGAAGAUUUAGAAUUUAAAAUUAACGAAUUAUUGCUAGUUAAAGAAGAACAGGGCUGUGUAAUUGAAAAAUUAAAAUCUGAACUAGAAGAUUCAAAUAAACAACUUUACCAUAUUACAGAACAGCAUAACAAAGAAAUACAGAGUCUUCAGGAGCAACAGCAAAAAGAAAUAUCAGAACUACAUGAGACAUUUUUGUCAGACUCAGAAAAAGAAAAAUUAACAUUAAUGUUUGAAAUACAGUGUCUUAAGGAGCAGUGUGAAAACCUACAGCAAGAAAAGCAAGAAGCAGUAUUAAAUUAUGAAAGUUUGCGAGAGAUUAUGGAAAUUUUACAAGCAGAACUAGGAGAAUCUGCUGGAAAAAUAAGUCAAGAAUUUGAAUCAAUGAAGCAACAACAAGCAUCUGAUGUUAAUGACCUUCAGCAGAAGCUCAGAACUGCUUUCAAUGAAAAAGAUGCUCUUCUUGAAACUGUGAAUCAUCUCCAAAUAGAAAAUGAAAAGUUAUUGUCACAAAAAGAACUUGUACCAGAACUUGAAAAGGCCGUAAAAAAUCUUCAAGAAAAGAAUGACGCAUAUUUAGUUAGUCUCAGUCAGAGAGAUUCCAUGUUACAAGAAUUUGAAGCAAAGAUAAGUUCUCUUACAGAAGAAAAAGAUAAUUUCAUAAGUAAAAUUAAAAGUUCUCAUGAAGAGAUGGGUAAUCUCCAUAUAAAAUGUGAAAGGGAAGAAAGAUUAAUUCUAGAACUUAGGGAAAAAGUGCAGCAAACUACCCAGUACAACAGUGAACUAGAACAAAAGGUAAAUGAAUUGACAGGAGUACUCGAAGAAACUUUAAAGGAAAAAGACCAGAGUAGCCAAGAACUAGAAAAGCUUAUGGGUCAAUUGAAAACUCUCUCUGAAAACCAGGAAGAACUGUCAUCUGAAGUGAAGUCUCUUUAUGAGGAAAAUAGUAAGCUAAGUUCAGAAAAGAAUAAUUUGAAUAGAGAUGUGGAAGCUUUCUUGUCUCAAAAGGAAGAAUAUUUUAUUCUUAAGGAACACAUUUCUGAAUUAGAAAAGAAACUUCAGGUAACAGUUCAAGAGCGAGAUAAUUUAAAUAAACUGUUUGAAAAUGAGCAAGCCCAGAAGUUAUUUGUCAAAACUCAGUUGUAUGGUUUUUUUAAACAAAUGGAGCUGGAAGUAGAAGAAAAUGAAGAGCAAGAUGUUACAAAUGUUCUACAAGCUGUAGGUGAAUCCUUAGCUAAAACAAAUGAGGAAAAACAUAACUUGCUCUUUCAAUAUGAUAAAAAGGUAUUAGAGUUAGAAAAAAAUAUUAAGUGCCUUGAGGAGGAGAAUAUAGUUCAAUAUGAGGAACUUAGGUCUUUACUGAGAGACUAUGAACAAGAGAAAGUUCUCUUAAAGAAAGAGUUAGAAGAAACUAGGUCAGAAAAAGAGGCCCUGCAGUCUGAUCUUCUAGAAAUGAAAAAUGCUAAUGAAAGAACAAGGCUUGAAAAUUCGAAUCUUUCAAUUCAAGUUGAAGAAAUGUCUCAAAAAUUGUGUAGCAACUUUGAAAUCCAUAAUGAAAAAGAAAAAUCUUUUAUAAAGGAACUUGAAAACCUAAGACUAGCAGUAAAACAAAAAGAAUCUGAAUUGCAAGAUGUGAAAGCAGAGUUGAUAUUAAAGGAUUCCUUUGAGAAAUCACCUUCUGUAGAAAAUAAUCAACCUCCUUUAGUAAAAGAACUAGAAGAAAAAAUAGAGUACCUCAAAAAAGAAUCCAGAGAGAAAGAGGAAAAAAUAAAUAAGAUAAAACUAGUUGCUGUGAAGGCAAAGAAAGAACUAGAUUCUAGCAGGAGAGAGGCCCAGACUCUAAGGGAAGAACUCAAAUCUCUUCAUUCAGAAAAGGAUCAGUUGUCUACUUCCAUGAGAGAUCUAAUUCAAGGAGCAGAAAGCUAUAAGAACCUUUUAUUGGAAUAUGAUAAGCAGUCAGAGCACUUGGAUAUAGAAAAAGAACGUGCUAAUAAUUUUGAGCAUCAAGUAGAAGACCUUACAAGACAAUUAAGGAAUUCAACUUUUCAGUGUGAAAAGUUAAAUUCUGACAAUGAUGAUCUCCUGGCUCACGUUGAAACACUACAGUCUAAUGUCAAGUUACUGGAAGUACAGAUUUUAGAGGUCCAAAAAGCCAAAGCAAUGGUAGACAAAGAAUUGGAAGCUGAGAAACUUAAGAAAGAGCAGAAGAUAAAGGAGCAUGCCAGUUCUGUAAAUGAACUUGAAGAACUUCAGCUACAACUUCAAAAGGAAAAGAAACAGCUACAGAAAACCAUGCAAGAAUUAGAACUGGUUAAAAAGGAUGCCCAACAAACCACAUUGAUGAAUAUGGAAAUAGCUGAUUAUGAACGUUUGAUGAAAGAACUAAAUCAAAAGUUAACUAAUAAAAACAGCAAGAUAGAAGAUUUGGAGCAAGAAGUAAAAAUUCAAAAACAGAAACAAGAAGCCCUACAAGAAGAAAUGACUUCACUACAGACUUCAUUGCAACAAUAUGAAGAAAACAACACCAAAAUCAAGCAAUUGCUUAUGAAAACCAAGAAAGAACUGGCAGAUUCAAAGCAAGCAGAAACUGAUCACUUAAUGCUUCAAGCAUCUUUAAAGAGUGAGCUAGAGGCAAGCCAGCAGCAAGUAGAAGUCUAUAAAAUUCAGCUGGCUGAAAUGACAUCUGAGAAACACAACGCUCACGAACACCUGAAGGCCUCUGUAGACCAGCACCAGCGCGCCCUGAGCGUAUACCAGCAGAAAGUGACAGCCCUUCAGGAAGAGUGCCAUGCUGCCAAGGUGGAACAAGCUGCUAUAACCUCUGAAUUUGAAAGCUACAAAGUCCGAGUUCAUAAUGUUCUGAAACAACAGAAAAAUAAAUCUGCCUUUCAGGGUGAAACUGAGGAAGCUAAACAAGAAAGAGAACACCUGGAAAUGCUGGUUGACCAACUAAAGAUCAAAUUACAAGAUACCCAAAAUAAUUUACAGAUCAAUGUGUCUGAACUUCAGACAUUACAGUCUGAACAUGAUACUCUGCUAGAAAGGCACAACAAGAUGCUGCAGGAAACCGUGUCCAAAGAGGCAGAACUCCGGGAAAAGUUAUGUUCAAUACAAUCAGAGAACAUGAUGAUGAAGUCUGAACAUGCACAAACUGUGAGUCACCUGACAUCCCAGAAUGAGGUCCUUCGCAGCAGCUUCCGAGAUCAAAUGAGGCACUUGCAGGAUGAGCACAGAAAGACAGUGGAAACUUUGCAGCAACAGCUCUCCAAGGUGGAAACUCAGCUUUUCCAGCUUAAGAGUGAAUCGACCACAAAAAGCCUAGCUUCUUUCCACCAACCUGUGAAGAACCUUCGAGAAAAGAGAAACACAGAUCUCCCCCUGCUCGACAUGCAUUGUAUAACCCGUGAGGAGGGAGAAGGGAUGGAGACCACUGAUACAGAGUCUGUAUCUUCCACUGGCACUCACACGCAGUCUUUAGAGCAGCUUCUUAAUUCUCCCGAAACUAAACUUGAGCCUCCUUUGUGGCAUGUUGAAUUUACCAAAGAAGAAUUGAUGCAAAAGCUCAGUUCCACAACAAAAAGUGCCGAUCAUUUAAAUGGCCUGCUUCGGGAAACGGAAGCAACCAAUGCAAUCCUUAUGGAGCAAAUUAAGCUUCUCAAAAGUGAAGUUAGAAGAUUGGAAAGAAAUCAAGAGCGAGAGAAGUCCGUAGCUAACCUGGAGUACUUGAAGAAUGUCUUGCUGCAGUUCAUUUUCCUAAAACCAGGUAGUGAAAGAGAGAGGCUUCUUCCUGUCAUAGACACAAUGUUACAGCUCAGCCCUGAAGAAAAGGGAAAACUUGUUGCAAUUGCUCAAGGUGAGGAAGAAAAUGCUUCCCGUUCCUCCGGAUGGGCAUCCUAUCUACAUAGCUGGUCUGGACUUAGAUAGAUGGAUGGAAAAAACAUUCUUUAUUAACCAAAUGUAAUCCAUUUGGCAAAAAUGGUUCACAUAUAUUGCUGUUAUUCUUUCAUCAAAAAGUGUGUAUAUCCAUAUCCACACAUGUUUGUACAUAUGUGUGCACAUAUACAGGGGUGGGCAAAAGUACGUUUACUGUUGUAAUACAAAUAAAUAAUAUACAAAUAAGCUGUGUUUCACGUACUCAUAGCUGAAAGCCUACAUUUACCCACCCCUGUAUCCUGUAUUUAAAAGCCUCAGCUUGAAGUAAAAGUACAACAACCUGCACUGUUGAUACCAGUCCACAGCUCUUUGAUUCUGUGAUCAUCCACGCAUGCCAGGUGAAAGCACCAAGAGCUCACCUCGUUCUCUAGAACCUCAGGACCUGCCUAUUUCUGAGCAGUACUGUGAAUGUUAAAAUUAAGCGACAUUUUGGUAUCAUAUCAACUGGAAUUUAGGCUUUUAAAAUAAUAUUACAUGAAUAUUUAUUGCAAGGUCGGGCUGGUAGAUUGUAAUUAGCUAUAAAUUGUUAAAGAAAUUUGUUAAUUAGAACAUGAAGGAAAAAGCUUUAUUGUUAAAGUUGAUUUGUUUAUUAAGGGACUAUAUGUUAAAUAUACUACAGUUAUUACGAGACUAAGUUAAAAUACAAUUUAUAUAGUUAUUUACUUUAAAAUUAACUGGGUAUUUUCUACUCUAAAGUAAGUUAUAUCAAAACUCACUGUGUUGUCAAAGCCCUUUAUUGGCUGGUGUAACACUGAAUGUGAGUAGAUGGAACCACCACCUCACCGUGGGCUGAUUUCAUGGUGUCUCUCCAGGCUCUUGUUACAGCUCAACUACUUCUAAGCCAUGAGUCUGUUUUGAGAAUUCUCUCCAUCUCCCCAAAUAAAAAUUUUUCAGAACAAUGACUGUAUUACUCGGCAUUUUAUCAAAAAUGAAACUGGUGCUUCCCAUGUUUCAGCAGAUAAUGUUAUUCUGUAAGUUUUCCAUUAGAAGGAUUUAAGAGACACCCCUUAGAAAUCCACAGUUCUUUUUUUUUAAAAAAAAUAUAUAUAUAUUUUAUUGAUUUUUCA